UAAUGAAUGCCCUCCCAAUUUUAUUUGAGUUUUGUGUGAGCACAUAUCAUAUCUGCAAGUAACACUAAACGAAAGAUCUCACUCUCCUUCUUCACCUCUUUCACUCUCCGCUCCAAUCCAAGAGGGUAUUAUCAGUAUCAAUGGAGGUGCAAUCGAAUGAUGAUGAUAUGCUUCAAAAGCCACUAAGUCCCCCCAUUGAUACUCAUCAAAAUGAUGAUAUGAUGCAAAAGCCACCAAGUCCUCCCUCCAUUGAUACUAAUCAAAAUCAGGAUAUGCUGGAAAAGCCACCAAGUCCCCCCAUUGAUACUCAUCAAAAUCAGGAUAUGCUGCUAAAGCCACCAAGUCCCCCAAUUGAUACCCAUCAAAAUGAUGAUAUGCUGCAAAAGCCACCAAGUCCUCCCCCCAUUGUUACUCAUCAAAAUCAGGAUAUGCUGCAAAAGCCACCAAGUCCUCCCCCCAUUGAUACCCAUCAAAAUGAAGAUAUGCUGCAAAAGCCACCAAGUUCCUUCAUUGAUACCCAUCAAAAUGAAGAUAUGCUGCAAAAGCCACCAAGUCCCUUCAUUGAUACCCAUCAAGAUCAGGAUACUGUGGUUCCUGAUGUGCUGAAUCAUAGAGAGGAAGAAGAGCCACCGAAGCUUGAGAUUACUAAAAAUGAAGCUAGAGCCAUACUUGAAGUUAUUGCAUCCACUGGGAAGUUCUGGCAUGAGUGGGACAAGUUAAAGGCUACCUUAUCCUUUCAGCUGAAGCAGGUUUUGUUGGAGUAUCCUGAGGCGAAAAUGACAAUUGAAGAGCAAAAUGCUUCUCUAAGAGAAACAUUCACCGAGCUGGUAAAAAGGUUGGAUGAAGCUCUCCAUAGCUUUGAUCAAGGUCCCCCAUUUACUCUUCAGAGGCUGUGUGAGAUCCUCUUGAAUGCCCGGGGCAUUUAUCCGAAUCUCUCCAAGCUUGCACUAGCACUCGAAAAGAAUCUCCUAGUGACAUCUAUGCUUACAAUCUCCACCGAUCCAUAUCCUCAACCAAAGGCGAUAUUGAUAGAGCCAAUCGAACCAGAAAAGGCUAGUGAAGAACCACCGAAAAUGGAAUCUGAUUCUACUGCUGCUGCCCCACAAAAUGGGGUAGAAGACUCGAGUGGUGAUAAAGAUGAAGUAAUGACAGAGGUAGAUGAAGCUGAUACAGUUGACAACAUGACCAUCGACAUGGAAGCCUUGGAGAGUUUUGUUGAAUCUACCGAAACAAACACCGCACCCCCGAACUCAUAAUUCUUAGUUUCCAUUACUCUGGCUCGAAUAUUUUAUUAAUUCUAGGCGCUUAACGAUCGGUACAGCAAUACAAGGUAUUCAUAUAAGAUGGCAAAUUUUUUAUGGAUAUUUAUUUCUUCUAUGGCCAUCUACUUGUACAAUUCAAGUUCAUUAACUUGAGGAGGAUCCAUUUGGUUUCCUUAAAACAUUUUUUAUUUUGUGUUAAUUUUUAACAAUUAGUUUUGCGUUUUAUGUAACUAUAUAUAUAUAUAUAUAUCUCUAUGUUUAGAGGCUAUAUAUAAAGCUAAAAUCUUGGUGUUGAGGAGAUAUGAUUUUAGAAGUUUCAAACUUGUGAAGCAAGUAAAUUUGCAA